AUGGCGCAUCCUUACUUGUUGACGAAAUUUAUGUUCAUUCUUUCGCGGAUUUUCUUCUUUUUACUGAUAAUCGAUGGUACGAUUGAAAAUAACAUUCAUUCAAGAAUCAAACGACAGGAUAGAAGGAAAUCUCCGAGACCUGGUGAAACACCAAAACAAGGUGAUCGCCUGCAAGUCGUCGAUAGAUUAGCACAACCUACACAAAACUCCGAUGUAAUAAAACGUAUUCUUUCGAGAAAUCCCAACGAUUAUUACGGAAUUUUGGGUCUCGACAAACGCGCAACAUGGUCGGAUGUUCACAAAGCUUAUAGUAAAUUGAAUUUACUCGUACAUCCCGACAAAAACAAAUCACCGGAUGCAACAAAAGCGACGCAAAUGCUCAAUAAAGCUCGUGAUGAAUUGCGUAAAAUUUUGCUGGAUCAAAAUGGUCGUCCGCGCACAGUUAAGACAGAAAUUAGCGUCACAGUAAAAAUGAAUUACAAUAGAAAUCAAGACGUGGUACCUGAAACAGAGAUGACAACGACAGAACCUAGAGCAACUGUGAAGAAAAAGGACACUUUGUCCUCGAGCAAUCUGAUGUAUCUUGUCAGUGGAUUUGCUAUAUUUAUCGUUGGAAUUGUUUUUCUUGCGAAACAUUUUAAACAGUCACAACAGCCUAUGAAGAUAGUGACUAGUGAAGUCAUUUUCAUACCAGAACGUAAUAGUGAUGCUUCUGAAACCAAUGAUGAUGGUGAUCCGACGAAUAAUCGAAAUCAUGACCUAUGA